GAGAGAGAGAGAGAGAGAGAGAGAGAGAGAGAGAGAGAAAGGGGAAGGAAAGCAAUCGAGAGGGAGAGAGCGAAUCGGAGUGCGAGUGCAAGACAAAGCUAUGAAAUUAAUCCGAGCUAUUUGCCUCCUGCUUCUUUGUCCAGCUUUGAGCCUCAACACUAGACAUGGCUAUGAGGGGCUGGAGCAGAAGCUGAAGGAGGUCUUCACCGAGCGGACUGGCAUCAUGCGUCAACUCUCCAAGACUUCAAAGGAACUGGACAGCAUAAAAGGCAACCUUCAGACACUGAAAAAUGACGACUCCGUGGCCAAGGCGGAUGUCCUGAAAAUCCUGGCGCUCAGCCACAAGCAGAGGGGAGAGAUGAAGUCCCUCCAGGCUGCCUUGCAGAAGCAGCUGGACGAGGCAACGGAGCAAGCCGAGAAACAGCAGGCCACCAUCAAGUUCCUCAAGAUGGAGAUGGAGAAAAAGACCAAAAUAAUCAAGGACCUGCAACAGGAGAACAAGAGCUUGAAAAAUAAACUGCUAUCUGGCAACAAACUGUGUGAUGUCCAUGCAGAAGAGUCCAAAAAAAUCCAGGCUCAACUGAAAGAGCUGCGGUACGGGAAAAAGGAUUUAAUUUUCAAGGGACAGCAGCUAAUGGAUCUGGAGCACAAGUUAACCAUUGCCAAAGAAGAGCUGGAAAAGGCUGCACUGGACAAGGAGUCUCAGUUGAAGGCACUGAAGGACACAGUGCACAUCUGCUUCUCUGCUGUUCUGCACAACCAGCCCACCAGCAGCCACAGGUUCCCCGCCACCCCCACCCACUUGUUCAGAUACUCCUCACUCGUCAACAGCUCCAGAGUCACCUUUCAGCAGCCACACGCCAAGGAUAUCCCGAAAGUUCAGAGAAUCAUCACAGCCAGUAAAUCGCCUGCGAACAUUGGGGUAAUGAGGAGAGACAGUAGUCCCGGAGUCAAGGACUGCCAGAUGGAAAAGAUUGGCGGGGGUUGCUUCCAAAACCAGACGGAGACAGAAUCCUCUCCCGACAGUAAAAAGCUGCUUGAACAGAAGGCAAUGAAAGGCUUGGCCACUAACAAAGUGUGAUGCAGAAGCCUCAAGCAAAGGCCUGCAGCGCAGAUUGGAAAAUCAAAUGCAAAGCCCUCAGAUGGCAGGGAGGAAGUAGAGGGAGGCAGCAAAAACACGAAACUACACAAAAACAACUGAGUGGAUGGGAUGUCAUUGGAGAUGCAGAACACCUGCGUUACCUGGAGAUCUUUUUCAGAGCACAUACUUGUGCCCCCACACACACACACACACACAGUUUGCAAAAGAGACACAGGAAUUGUUGGACGAAAACAAACUUCUCAACCGUGAAAUGUUUAAAUUUUUCGAUUGAAAACCUGCAUAAUAACAUGGCAUGCAUUCUAGACUUCUUUUAAAAGGUAGCAAUGGCAUUGGUAACUUGUUUUAUGAUUGUUCAUUGUUGUUUUUUUUUCAGAGCGAGGACACUACUUUCUACAGUAAAUGUGUGUUAUUUCUAAAUAAAUCCCUUUGCACUGGUGAGGUCAUGAUAUUCUGGUAUAUAAGUAGUCCCAUUAACAAAAACUGCUGUAACACCAAACUUACAAAUAUGGUUUGACACUCAUUGUAGCAAGGUUAAUUUACUCUCUCCUCCAUAUUUUAAAGUAUAUAGGCUCUCAAGUUGGCUGGCCAACUUCUUUCAACAUUUAAUAUUUCAGAGCUCUUUCUGCCUUUAACAUGCUAGAGGUGAAGAGCCAAAGACUCACAAUGAGUCGUCUCCCUGAGAAUGUGCCAUGCACUGAGUAGUUACUCCUAGCUACAUUGAUCUGUGUUAUUUGACCCUUUCUUUCAAUAAACUGUGAUUUUCAGUAAAUUUGUGAAGAUUAAAUGGAUAUUUGUGGAGAAAA